AUGACAAACCAGACGACAGCCAACCAGUCCAACACAGUCAAGAAGGAGAAAGAAGAAAACCAGCGAGAUGACAACACAGAGGUUGCAUACAAAGAUGCAGGCCACUGCAGCCGCAACACCCACAACCUGCUGCUGGGACUCACUGUCAUGGGUGUCGUUAUGGGGGCUGUGUUUGGGAUGCUGCUGCGGUACAUGAAGGUGACAGACAACUCCACGCUCACGAUGGUUUCCUUCCCGGGAGAAAUCCUAAUGAGGAUGCUGAAAAUGCUCAUCCUGCCUCUAAUCAUCUCGAGUCUCAUCACAGGGCUGGCUGGUUUAGAUGCCCGCUCCAGUGGCAGGAUGGGUAGUAGAGCCAUGGUGUACUACAUGUCCACCACUAUAAUUGCUGCCAUCCUCGGGGUCAUCCUGGUGCUGGGGAUCCACCCGGGGAAUCCCAAACUGAGGGGAGGCUCGGCGAGCUCGGUCCAGAAGAACCAGGAAGUCAACAGCCUGGACGCUUUCCUUGACUUGCUCCGAAACCUCUUCCCUGAGAACCUGGUGCAGGCCUGCAUCCAACAGGUUCAGACGGUGCUAAAAAAGGUGCCGGUCGCAGCAUCAAACCAGACUGAGCCCAUUUUAGUGAACAGAAAGAAACUGGAGUAUAAAUGGGGCAUGAACGUUCUCGGUUUGAUAGGCUUCUUCAUCACCUUCGGGAUCUGCAUGGGCAAGAUGGGCGAGCGCGGGAAGAUCAUGUGCGACUUCUUCAACAUCCUCAAUGAAAUUAUCAUGUCGAUGGUUUCCAUGAUCAUGUGGUACUCCCCCUUUGGCAUUGCCUCUCUGAUCGCAGGGAAGAUUGCAGCCAUCGGGGAUCUGGAAGUGGUGGCCAGGCAGCUGGGCAUGUACAUGGUGACUGUUAUCGUGGGCCUGGUGAUCCACGGAGGAUUGAUCCUACCUGCUAUAUUCUUUGCUAUCACUAGAAAAAGCCCCUUUACUUUCUACUCUGGAAUCUUCCAAGCUUGGAUCACUGCGCUGGGCACUGCUAGCAGUGCAGGCACGUUACCAGUGACCUUCCGCUGCCUGGAGGAAAAUCUGAAGAUUGAUAAACGUGUGACUCGCUUCGUGCUGCCCAUAGGUGCAACCAUUAACAUGGAUGGCACCGCACUGUAUGAGGCUGUGGCAGCCAUCUUUAUCGCCCAGAUGAAUGACAUCGCCCUGGACGCCGGACAGAUUAUUACUGUCAGUAUGACCGCCACCCUGGCCAGUGUUGGAGCUGCCAGUAUUCCCAGUGCUGGACUGGUAACCAUGUUGCUGAUCCUGACGGCGGUCGGCUUGCCCACUCAGGACAUCAGUCUGCUCAUCGCUGUGGACUGGCUGCUUGACAGAAUGCGUACCUCCAUCAAUGUGGUGGGCGAUUCGUUUGGUGCCGGCAUCGUGGACCACUUGUCCAAGGCAGAGCUGGCCGAAAUUGACGCAGCAGAAAUGCAAAUGCUCCAACCAGAGGAGGAGCUAGAUUUCAUCCCUCCACCGCCAAUCUUCACGGAGAUGGACCUGGUCGACCCUCUUAGACCGCCCGACCUGCCACCUCGCUCCCCUCGCCCACCCAAACAAAACCAUCAUGGCCUCUCCCAGUCCCACUCAAUCACUCACUCGCCGUCCCGUUCUGUCCGAUCUCCAUCCCCCCGCUCCAUCCGUUCUCCCUCUCCGCGCUCUGUCUGCUCCCAUUCUCCCCGACCUUUUCAUAGUCAUUCACCACGCCUCCUCCGCAGGACGGAGGCGGGCUACUGCGCUCUGCCGAGCCAUGAUAACCAGAUUCCCACACUGCCUCGCUGCUACAGAGAACGAGACCGGGAACGGGAGCGACUGAGGCGAGAAAGUGAAACUGAGGAGGAGGACGAGAGAGAGAGGGUUUUGGGUGAAGUAAGCGACGGCGAGGAGAGUGAUGACACUGCUUAUGAUCGGAGGAAUGCCAUUCCACUGGGCGACCUGCCAUGAUUGGAUUUUUUUUCCGCAGAAAAGCUUCCCCAGCUAUUUGAUUCUGUUGUACGACAGUUUUCCCGCUUGAGUGCACGGCUCAGCUUUUUCGCACCAGCCCAGCAGAGGUCACAUGUGGAUUUCUAGCUGGUUGCAUUGUUACUUCUUUUAUCUGUUUUGAGUUGUGAGAUCGACAGGAAUGAUCAAUAAUUUUAAAUAACAACACACUGUAACAUUCCUGAAACGAACCCUGUAAACCAACCUGUUCAUUUUAGCUGUCUGGUUAGCUGAACCCAACAAAUGGUGCUGUAUAUAAACUUUUGCAAUCGCUUAAGAGGUUAGAAUACGUCCUUUAGGCAGAGUUACCUCUUCAUCCUCUCAUGUUGGACUGAGGGCAGAGUGGACACUACAGUGACUCACUAUCUCAAAUUGGUAUUACGAGAGAGGACGGGCUGGGGCUAGCUAGUUAGCAAUGAAGGAGGAAAGAAGGGAUAUAAGUAGAAGCAUAACAAGAGUUUAUCAAAAGCCUUGUUUGCCACUGCUGGAGAAAGCUUUAGUGUAAAGCUAAAACAUUUUGCAAUGUUUCUUAUAAACAUGUAAAUAAAUAGAUAUAACAUAACACAUGAAAACAUUGGUGAGCGAUAGCAAAAACGUAUAUACAGCACCUUUGUAAUGGAGUUGUUUCCCCAGUUUACUCAUUUCAUUCCCUUUUAUAGCGUCAUUAUUACGUGGUUUUCUCACUUUAUGGGUCGGAUUAUGGGUGUGCUCUUGAUGAGAAAAGUAUGUUGGUGUUUUUACCAGCCUUUUAAAGCACAACCGCAAGGUAUGACUUCCUCCUUUGCUCGGCUCCCUCUCUUCUACUUUGAGUUUCUUUUGCAGAAAGUGAAAUUGUUAAACUUACAACUGAAUAGUUUGACAUUUUUGGACAUAAGCUUUUUUGUUUGGUUGAAAAAUGUUAGGUCAGAAAACUGAAAUUAUUCUAAACUCUUUAUAGUGAAUAUGAACCCAGCAAAUAUUUGGCUUAGCUUACCACAAAGAUUAAGACUGGGGGUGUUGCAGCUAGCCUGAUUUGUGUUUAGUUUUAGCCUUAAAAAUAUCUGUUAAUCUUAAUUGAUUCAGUUUUAGUCAAAUGUAUUUGGUUAGUUUCAGUCAAGACAACCUAAGGACGUUUAAUCUAGUUUUCGUCACUGGCAUUUAUGUUUCAUGUUUGUCAUGCAUUUUAAGUUUCUGUGUUGUUUUGAGUGUAUCACUGUCGCUGAUCUUUGGUUUCGUCUCUCAUGAGGUUAAUGUAAAAGACAAUGUUUGCUUGUUAAUCUACCCUGUUCAUGUGACAACAACGAUAAAUCUCCUCAGUAAAUCCAGUUCAGUGUUUACAUUACAUACUGUACAUUUUCCUAGAGAUCAUCUGUUGAGGGUGAUUUAGAUGGAUUUUAUUGAUUUAUUAUGGAUGAAAAAUAGCCAACAGCACUUGAUAGUGUAAUUUUUGUGAUACAUAUCUCAAUGGAAAUGUCUUAAUUAGUUUUACUCUAAUCCAGGUUGUGAAAAUGAUUAAUGAAUCAUUAAUAUUUUUGAGCUUUGUUUUCAUUGUCAUAAUAAACACCAUGCUCGUCUGAAGCUUUGUUGGUAGCAGUAACUUCCAGUCAAUGGUUGCAGCCAAGAAGUAGCCCAGGACAUAAAUGUGUGAAAAACCACGAUGCAUCAUUCAAUGUGAAUUGAGAAGGGCUUGUAGGUAGAUUUUGUCACCCUCAGACAUAGCCAGGCUAGCUGUUUCCCCCUGUUUCUAGUCUUUAUGCAAUGCUAAGCUAACCAGCUGUUGUUAUAGCUUCAUAUUAACAUGCGGUAUCUAAGGUAUCACUCUAGCACUAUGCAAGAAAGGCAAGUGCAUUUCCCAAAAUGUCAAACUAUUGCUUCAAAUGACCUCAGCAACACAACAGGUUCGUGUAAAUGAUAGAAACAUAUGACCAGCAGACAUUAUUUUUGUAUUCCUUUACCUUCUUGCAUCUCUAUAUUUUUAUCCUUGGUGCUCUUCUCGCACAUCACCUCGAUUUCCUCGCCAACACCAGUCGCUGUUGAUGUUAAUAUUGUCUAUAUUAUCUAUGGUUUGUAUUUUUUUGUUGUAGUCUGGUGACUGAAAUGAUGAGCAAUAUGCACGAUGCUGUAUUGAUUUUGUUGUAUGUUUAAAUUUACUCGUUCUUCAUUUAUCAUUUUCAAGUAGUUAAAUGCUGUAAAAUAACGUCACCAGUCUCCUCUGUCCCACUGAACUGCCUUUCAUUUUAAACUAGCAUUCACUUAUCCCUACAUCCUCAAGUCUUAACUCAGACUGGUCCAGGUUGUGUGCAUAUGUGUA